AUGUCAGAGGUCAACAACAACGAGGAGUUAGCACUACCACCACAGUAUUCUAGAUCUCGAGAUAACCAAGUCACGAAUAAUUUCAAUAUUAAUAAUGAAUCAUCAUACACACAAGUUGAACCACCACUAUAUGCUGAAUCCACACCAUCAGAUCAAGAGUCUGAUCUACCACAAGAGUACCAUAAAAGACGUCAAAUUCAACAAGAAGAGAAUGAAUGCAGUAUAUGUUGUCGUGAUUGUUCUCCAGAACAUCAAAUCAAAGGUCAAACUGCUAUUGUCACUGGUGGUACCAAAAACUUAGGUGGUGAAACAGCUAAAGAAUUAGCAAGAUUAGGAGCCAACUUAUUUUUACAUUACAGAUCAAAUGAACAACAAGCUAAAGAUUUUCAAAAAGAAUUGUCAUCAAAAUAUCCAGAUAUUAAAAUCGAACUUUAUCAAGCUGAUUUAACUGAUGAUGCAAGUUUAAAAAAGUUGUUUGAUGAAGCUAAAUCCAAAUUUUCAAAUGGUAUAGAUAUUGCUAUAAACAACGUUGGUCAAGUUGUUAAAAAACCAAUUACUGAAAUUACAGAAGAAGAAUUCAAUUCCUUAGAUAGUAAGAAUAAUAAAGUUGCAUUUUUUUUCAUUAAAUAUGCUGGAUUAAAUUUAAACAAAAACGGUAGAAUUAUUUCUAUUGGAACUUCUUUAUUAGCUGCUUAUACGGAAUAUUAUGGUGGUUAUCAAGGUACGAAAGCCCCAUUAGAAUUUUAUUCAAAGGCUGCUUCAAAAGAAUUAUUACCAAAGGGAAUUACUUCAAAUAUAGUUUCACCAGGUCCAAUGGAAACCUCAUUUCUAUUAAAUUCAGAAACUAAAGAAUCUGUUGAUUUCUUCAAAACUGUUGGUUUACAUGGUAGAUUAACUCAAGUUAGUGAUAUUGUUCCAAUUAUUAGAUUUUUGGUCACUGAAGGUACUUGGAUUACAGGUCAAAAUAUUUUUGCAAAUGGUGGUUUUACUUCUCCAAAAUAG